UACGAAGCUCAGCCAUGCUACCAUGGUUGGUGAGAUCACCCGCAUGGAUCAAAACGUCUCCAGCUGGUAGCUUGAACCCAGCCUCAGAGGGAGUGUAAGCAUGUGUGUCAGAGACACAGACGAAACGUGUCUUUCGGCGCAUCUUUGUUAUGGGAUGUUAUGAGAUUCUCUGAAACAUUCGUAGGAUUAGCGGAUCUGGUUCUAUUAUCGGCAGGGCUUAGCCAGGACAUGGCUCAGGUAGUACAUGCAACCUUGCUGUGUAACAACAAGGCUUGGUAUCCAGCGGUUCAUGUUGCCUGCUCACCUACAGCUGGCGGGUUCUUCUAUUUCCAAUUGAGGAAUCCAGAGGAACAGAAAAGGCAGAAUCCGACGGGAAUCGCAUAGCAUUCUUGUGUGACGAUGAGAGUAUCGUCCAGCAUCCUAGUCUG